GAUAAAACCGGGGAAAGGACGAAAAUGCAAUCAACAAUCUUGAAUCAAAACAAUUUCCUAUUAAUAUAUGCCGAGAUAUACGCAAUUUUUAUUCAUUUAAAUUUUCUUUAAAUGAGCCGCAACUGCCUUCAUUUCUAACCGCUAUCUUAACAGUAAUAAUUAUCACCACCACCACCAUAGAAACAGAGCGAGAACGAGAACGAGACCAUUCGCCGACAUCAUCAUCCCCAGUCAUGGCGCCUCGGGGGGUUAAUCCUGACGGGAACUUUAGCGCCGCGGAAAAGGUUAACGGUAGCGGUCUUCCUUCUGCCGUAAAAACCAAUCCACCACCUGACGGGGGCUUCGGUGCCUGGCUGCAGGUUUUUGCUAGCUGGGUUCUGAUUUUUAAUGCUUGGGGUAUCUCGAUCACGUUUGGUGAUUACCAGGCAUACUACGAAUCCGGCCGACUGUUCCAACAGACUUCAUCCAAUAUUUCCUGGAUUGGAUCUAUCCAAGCUUUUCUCAUAUUUGGCGUUGGCGCAGUAGCUGGCCCUUUCUAUGACCGGGGUUACUUACGACUCAUCUUAUUGGUUGGCAGCUUUCUUGUGGUCUUCGGCCAUAUGAUGCUGUCACUCUGCCAUGAGUAUUGGCAGGUAUUACUCGCCCAAGGCUUCGCCGUUGGAAUUGGAGGUGGUUGCUUAUUUGUGCCUUCCCUUGCCGUCAUGCAACCUUAUUUCAGUAAGAAUUUAGGGUUGGCUCUUGGCAUCGCUGCUACUGGAAGUUCUCUAGGCGGCGUCAUUUACCCUGUUAUUUUCAUUAAUCUCAUCGACAAGGUUGGCUUUGGCUGGACUACGCGUGUCAUUGGCUUUGUUUCACUUGCUACCCUAAUUAUUCCCCUAUCUUUCUCCAAGAUGCGUAUCAAACCUGCAGGAGUCCGUAGCAUCAUCGACAAGACAGCAUUUACCGACGGUCCGUACUUGCUUUGUAUCCUUGCCUGCCUCCUCGGAUACAUCGGUUGCUAUACCGCUUUCUACUAUAUUGCCUACUUUGGCGAGGCUCGAAACUGGAUGGGUUCAAGCUUAGCUCUGUAUCUCGUCCCUAUUUUGAACGCCUCGUCCGCCUUCGGUCGAGCGGUACCGAACUGGCUUACAGAUAAAUUGGGCCCUACGAACGUCGUCAUGCCCGGUGCCCUCUUGACAGGAGUUCUGCUACUCUGCCUCUUGGCGGUGCAUAAUUCCGCAGGACUUAUUGUCAUCGCCGCGUUCUUAGGUUUUACAACCGGGGUAUUCAUCGCCACCCCCCCAGUUCUUUUUAUCUCCUUGACUAAGGAUAAGUCCAAAGUUGGAACUCGAGUGGGUAUGGCCUUUGCCAUAGUCGGUCUUGGUGUGCUAGCGGGAGGACCCGGCGGUGGUGGGAUUUUGCAGCGCAACCCGGACAAUUUAGAUUGGACUUCCACGUGGAUAUAUGCGGGUGUAUGUACGCUUGCCUCGGGUCUUACGUUCGCCGUGUUGAAAUUUUGGCGCGGCGGUCCGAACCCUUUGGCCAAAGUCUAACUAGUACCUAGAUUGUCCUUGCAUUAGAACACAGACCCAUAAUGAUACCUAGGUAGAUAUUCUUAUUCCUGACAAUUUUAGAAAUGUACGUACCUGUCGGACUCUAUUAUUCCUGCUUGUAAAUUUUCAUC